AUGCAACGCACUCAUAAAUUAUCAUCGUCCACUCCUCCACUCGCGUCCACAGUCUCCGUCCUACCGAGGAAGUCUUAUCCAAUCGGCCCAGUUUCACACAUUUGCCCCAUCGUUUGUCGCCCCGAGCUCUUCGCGUCAGAUUGGCUUGCUUCACGUACGUCUUCGGGACAUAGUGAUGCGGAUAAUCCUACAUUGUACCGUAGUUAUUAUGACGUCACUCACCGAAAUGAUGCCUUUUCUAGCCGUCAGGUCAAGAAAGCCUCUUUUCAACUCUAUGUUUGUCGCUUCUGCCCUCACGUACCCUCUCCUUUCAUCAUCCGUUAG